UUGCUCCACGUCAUGGUUUCAGUCGGGUUACUCAGAGUCAGACGAGAUAUUAAAAUAGCUGCACGUCAGGCUUUUCCAAGCGGUCUUAUCCACCCUUACCAGCUAGAGAGGCCUUGGGAGGAAAAUUGGACUCUCUUUGACUCAGAGAGUUUGAGAGAACUUGUAGACGAGUUGAGACCCACACAACAUGACUAUCCAGUGGACGAUCGUCGCGACCUUUCUGUAUGCAGAAAUCGGCGUGUGCGUUCUGCUGUGCAUACCAUUCAUAUCUGCAAGAAGAUGGCAGAAGAUAUUCAAGUCAGCCCUGCUGAACUGGUUUGUACAACAUGGUAACCUGUACUUCAACGUGCUGAUCGCCAUCCUACUACUGCUGUUCGGAGAUGCCAUUCGGGAGAUGUUCAAAUACGGCUCUGCGCCGAAGGUCGCAGGGGGACAGGAUGCAUCAUUCUACCCCCAGGCAGAAAUCAACCUGCACAUGAAGCUGUUCCGUGCCCAGCGCAACUUCUAUAUCGCUGGCUUUGCCCUCUUUCUGUUUGUCAUCCUGCGCCGGCUGGUGACUGUGAUCUCCAACACGGCCACCCUGGAGGCCAAGUCCGAGGCCUUUGAGAAGCAGGCCAAGAGCGCCACUGAUGCUGCCGAGAAACUUCUGGAGGAGAACGCCAAACUGAAGAAGGAGGGUCCUGGGGCAGAGAACGAGGCAGAGUUGGAGAAGCUGAGAGACAAGGUCACCGGCAAGAACAAGGAACUGGAAGACGCAAAAGACAAGCUGCACCAUUUGGAGGCUGACCUAGAAGCAGUGAAGAAACAGGCCAAGGGGGUCAACACUGAGUACGACCGACUCCUCAAGGAGCACAGCAAGUUACAGGAGGAACUAGAAGCUGCUAAGGGUGGAGAGGGAGACAAGAAAGACGACUAAAGAAAAGUGCACUUAAACUGGACCAUACAGUAAUCCUGUAGUCAAGAUGUCUUAAAUCAUCUAAGAAAGAAGUUCUAGCAAUGCAGUCAAAUAUGUGAUUACUUAAGAUCAGACAUUUAUCUUAAAGAAACCUUAAAGAAGGUAGAAGACAAUUAAGAAAGUGCAAUUAUAACACUGCACUUGUAUUAUUUUGUGGCGUUACAAAGUAUGUAGAUUUUGAAUUGCGUACUAUCAUUUGCUGUUGCUACGUGUUAGAAAUUUGUGGUUAUUAUGCAGUACUUUAUCAUUAUGUAAUAUGUUAUGUAUGAUAUUAAGUAUACUUGUAGGAUGGUGGAUGUAUUUUGCAUAUUACUUGUGGAUAUAUUUUUGCACCAGUUGACCACCAGUUAAGGCUGCCAAUUUGUUUUAAGCACAAAAGUCAAUAUACAUGUCAUUGGUGACAUGAGUCCAAUUAGAACUGUUCAUUCAAUAUGAGAAUGCACAAUGUUGGGCCUUGAACGACGCUUUCCUCUUCUUGCAAACUUGAAGCAUAAGGCUUGAAAUGAAGAUCAAUUCUUCUUUGAGAGAUACUAUUGCAAUGCAACUUCACUACAACUCACUUUCAUUGCCAAGUACACCAGGUCAGACCUA